AUGAGGUUUUGUAUUUUUGUGGCCAGUUUUUAUUUUUUUAAUAUUAUUGUCUGUAAUGCAAAAACAGAUUCAGAAGUGCUCGUCUUGUCUGACGUCAUUCGCGCUAUGGAAAAGCCCUCAACCGUAGUGGCCACGCUUUGUUGGCAAACUAAUAAAAAGGUCGAUUUUUAUAAUGCAGUUACUUCUAUCGACCGUUCUCGUGCUGCUACAGCUCGUUUUGAUGAUAUGAAACACGCAAAGAAAGAUUAUGGUCAAGACCAACACAUGUUGUUCGUGGCAGAUCUCAAGUGUCCCAAUAUUUCAGCUUAUUUUGAUAAGAAAAAAGAAGAACAAUAUUUCAGAUCACCAUUCCGCUGGAUCCUAAUCAGUUCCAGUGAAAAUGAUGAAAUAGUACCGAAUGAAAUAGCUUAUAUUGAUCUCUUGCCUGAUUCGGAAGUGAUUGUGCUACGGCAAAUAGAGGCUGACACUUACGAUCUUCAUUUCAUUUACAAAAUAAGUCCUAACAGUGACUGGCGCACUCAAUUCUAUGGGAGUUGGAACCUUGAACAGCGGUUUGUCAAAACCAAUCAGCAAUUGGUUGAAUCGACGGCUCUACAGAGGUUGGACUUGCUUGGUUUCGAGAUGAGCAUUUGCUAUGUUCUGACCGACAACGACAGCAUUAACCAUCUGACUGAUGAAGUUAACGACCACAUAGACACCAUCACAAAAGUGAAUUUCCCGACAACGAAUCACCUGCUGGAUUUCUUGAACGCCUCUAGGAAGUACAUCUUCGCUGAGACUUGGGGCUACCGAGUCAAUGGGUCGUGGAACGGAAUGACUGGGUACCUCUUGAGGGAGGAGGUUGAGAUUGGAGGUUCACCCAUGUUCUUCACUUCAGAAAGGAUAUCGGUGGUAGACUACAUAGCUAGCCCAACUCCCACUCGUUCGAAGUUCGUAUUUCAACAGCCCAAGUUGUCCUAUGAGAACAACCUUUUUUUGCUGUCUUUUCGUACAUCUGUAUGGUACAGCAGCACUGGGUUGAUUUUCUUAUUACUGUUGGCACUUUUUGCUGUGGCUGUAUGGGAGUGGAAGAAAAAUUCGCACCAUAUUUACAGGAAACAAGAUUCCGGUAUUCUGAGGGCUAACUUCGUCGACGUAAUAAUUCUGAUAUUUGGUGCCAUCUGCCAACAAGGAAGCCCCGUAGAACUAAAAGGAUCAUUAGGCCGCGUGGUGAUGCUUAUCCUUUUCCUGGCUCUGAUGUUCCUCUACACUUCAUAUUCAGCCAACAUCGUCGCGCUGCUGCAGUCCAGUUCUUCGCAGAUCAGGACACUAGAUGACCUCCUGCAUUCCAGACUGAAAUUCGGCGUCCAUGAUACCGUGUUCAAUAGAUAUUAUUUUUCGACGGCAACAGAGCCCGUCAGAAAGGCUAUCUAUGAGAAGAAAGUUGCUCCGCCCGGCACUACCUCUCGAUUUAUGUCCAUGGAGGAAGGCGUGAAGAAAAUGAGAAAGGGAUUAUUCGCGUUUCACAUGGAAACUGGAGUCGGUUACAAGUUUGUGGGAAAAUAUUUUAACGAAGGCGAAAAAUGCGGACUGCGUGAGAUACAGUACCUCCAAGUGAUCGAUCCGUGGCUGGCGGUCAGGAAGAACACACCUUAUAGGGAGAUGUUUAAGAUCGGAAUGAAACGCAUCCAAGAACAUGGUCUUCAAGCCAGGGAGAACCGGUUGCUAUACGAAAAGCGACCUAAAUGCUCCGGCAGAGAAUCCAAUUUCGUUUCAGUCAGCAUGGUUGACUGCUACCCGGCGUUGUUAAUAUUGUCUUACGGGAGUCUCGUGUCUUUAACUCUUUUGAUCUUUGAAUUUCUUUAUCAUAAAAGAGAAACGAUAAUUCACAAAUUAAAACAUUCUAAUAGACAUUCAAUGUAGAGAUACAAUAUUUUGUUGUUGGUCUGUAGUUGCUUCUAAAUAAAGCAUUGCAUACGUGUGUUAUUUAAAAAUGUAUAACGUUUCGCUGUCUGGUGCAAUUAAAGGAACCCACCCAUGUGAUUAGCGAGAAAACACCAUGCCACUUAGAGCAUAUGUAUCGUAUAAUUAUGCACAAGCUCUACUGUAACCAGUAAUUAGUAGCUACCUAGUUAGACACAUUAGCAA